GGUGCUCAGACUUACAUCUGUUGGAUAUGUUGACCCCAACUGAAAGGAAGCGACAAGGAUAUAUCCAUGAGCUCAUUGUCACAGAAGAGAACUACGUGAAUGACCUUCAGUUGGUUACAGAGAUCUUUCAGAAACCCCUGAUGGAAUCUGAGCUGCUGACAGAAAAAGAGGUUGCUAUGAUUUUUGUUAACUGGAAGGAGCUGAUUAUGUGUAAUAUCAAACUACUGAAAGCGCUGAGAGUCCGCAAGAAGAUGUCUGGGGAGAAGAUGCCCGUGAAGAUGAUCGGUGACAUCCUGAGCGCCCAGCUGCCACACAUGCAGCCCUACAUCCGCUUCUGCAGCUGCCAGCUCAACGGGGCUGCCCUGAUCCAGCAGAAGACAGACGAGGCCCCAGACUUCAAGGAGUUUGUCAAAAGAUUGGCAAUGGACCCUCGGUGUAAAGGGAUGCCCCUGUCUAGUUUUAUACUGAAGCCUAUGCAGCGAGUAACAAGAUACCCACUGAUCAUUAAAAAUAUUCUGGAAAACACUCCUGAAAACCACCCUGAUCACAGCCACUUGAAGCAUGCCCUAGAGAAGGCAGAAGAGCUGUGCUCCCAGGUGAAUGAGGGGGUACGCGAGAAGGAGAACUCCGACCGGCUGGAGUGGAUCCAAGCCCACGUGCAGUGUGAAGGCCUGUCUGAGCAACUGGUGUUCAAUUCAGUGACCAAUUGCUUGGGGCCACGCAAGUUUCUUCACAGUGGGAAGCUCUACAAGGCCAAGAGCAACAAGGAGCUGUAUGGUUUCCUUUUCAACGACUUCCUUCUGCUGACCCAAAUCACGAAGCCUUUGGGCUCUUCUGGCACCGAUAAAGUCUUCAGCCCCAAAUCUAACCUGCAGUAUAAAAUGUAUAAAACACCUAUUUUCUUAAAUGAGGUUCUAGUAAAAUUACCUACUGACCCUUCUGGAGAUGAACCCAUCUUCCACAUUUCCCACAUUGACAGAGUCUACACCCUCCGAGCAGAAAGCAUAAACGAACGGACUGCCUGGGUGCAGAAAAUCAAAGCUGCUUCUGAACUCUACAUAGAGACGGAGAAAAAGAAGCGGGAGAAGGCAUACCUUGUCCGUUCCCAAAGGGCAACAGGGAUUGGAAGGUUGAUGGUGAAUGUUGUUGAAGGCAUUGAGUUGAAGCCUUGUCGGUCCCAUGGAAAGAGCAACCCAUACUGUGAGGUGACCAUGGGCUCCCAGUGUCACAUCACCAAGACCAUCCAGGACACCCUGAACCCCAAGUGGAAUUCCAACUGCCAGUUCUUCAUCCGAGACCUGGAGCAGGAAGUCCUCUGUAUCACCGUGUUUGAGAGGGACCAGUUCUCACCAGAUGAUUUUUUGGGUCGGACGGAAAUUCGUGUGGCUGACAUCAAAAAAGACCAGGGAUCCAAAGGACCAGUUACAAAGUGUCUCUUACUGCACGAGGUCCCCACAGGAGAGAUCGUGGUCCGCCUGGACCUGCAGCUGUUUGAUGAACCAUAGGAGCGAGGGGGCAUGUGCAGAGGGGUACUCUCCCAUGGCCCCACAUGCUGUCUGCAAACUGUGUCUUCUAAGAGACCACCAUUGGUGUUCAGCCACAGGCAAUGGGACAGCAAAGACAGGCCUCUCAAAGCUCCUAGGAAUUAUUCUUGACAAUCCUGUCCUUCAAACAAUUUCUGACUUUAUGGCACUAAACUGUGUUUUCCUUUGUCCUCACUGCAGGUCUCAUCAUGGCUUCUAGGGCCUCUGAAAUCCCAUAACCUUCAGCUAGGUUUGGUUGUGAGCCUGGCCCAUCCCCAAGCUGGAGGUGUGGGUCUGGUUACUAUAAAAUAGAUUUAUAAAUGCAAUGUCCGUAUUUCUUUUGAGAACUCAUGUCACCCUCCUGUUUCUCACCUUCACCAGCCCCUUAGUGGACUUCUGGCCUACAACGUGGUGUGUUUAGUACAAUUAUGAGGGACUGGUU